CUCUCUCUCUCAGAGAGAGGAUAGAGGAGUGUGAACAGUAAAGAGGGAGGUGGGAGAGAGAGAGAGAGAGAGAGAGCCUUCACUCUCUACUGUACCCUGCCCAUCUCCAUUAAUGGCGAGGAGAGACCGGUUCCUUCCGUAACAGGGAGAAACCAUGUGGUGCUCUUAAAUGCGCUCCGCACGGUCACCACCUACCUCUCUCUCACCGCCUCUUCACUCGAAAACCACUUCCGGGAACUUCGUCAUACGCAUUCCUCGCAGAGCGCGCUCUUCUCCUGCCCCUCUCUGGUUUCUAAUUCCCCAAACUCGCCGUUCUAGGAAACCCGGAGGUAGAUACCAGAGAAUCUCUUUUUGAUUCGUACUGAAGUGGAAAUGCGUUAGCUUUCUUAUUUUUAGGCUACAUUGGCGCUGGAAUUAGAGGAGUUUCUGCAGUAUUAUUUAUGCGGGAUUUGUAAGGGUUUGUAACUGCAAUUUUCGAAGUGAAGUCAAAUUUUCAUGCCUUUCAACAAAGAAGAUGCAGUUCUGAUCAUAUUGCUUGUAAUGUUGUAGCUAAAUUCGUUGUUACAUAGCUAGCGAACCGCGAGGAAAAGUUUUUUGUAGCUUCAAAGGUUUCAAUGGAACAUCAUCUUUUGAUCGUUGUAGUGACCAUAACCUGUUUGUUGUUAAUCCCGAAUAGCGAGCAAAUACAAUCCUCACACACCAAACUGCUUCAGCAGCUCAGGAGACAGUUAGAGUACCCCAAACAGUUAGAAACUUGGGAUAACACCGAGAAUCUUUGCACCACGAAAUCGUCGUCAGCUCUUAGUGUUAUUUGCCAGGGAAAUUUCGUCACUGAGCUCAAAAUUGUCGGUGAUAAGCUUCCCAAACCGAGCAAAUUUGUGGGUUACUCAAUUGCCAAUUACUCUCUCUCGGAAUCCUUUUCUGCCGAUUCCUUUGUUACAACUCUAUCAAGAUUGACUACUUUGAGAGUAGUUAUCCUCGUUUCUUUGGGGAUAUGGGGUCCUAUUCCUGACAAAAUUCACCGGCUCUAUUCACUCGAAGUGCUCGAUUUGAGCUCCAAUUUCCUUUAUGGUUCAAUUCCUCCGAAGAUAUCUGCUAUGACGAAGCUUCAAACAAUAAGGCUGGAUGGGAAUUACCUUAACGAUACCGUACCCAAUUGGUUUAGUUCACUCUCCAAUCUCACUGUCUUGCGACUGCAGAGCAAUCGGUUAAAGGGGUCUUUACCACCAUCAAUCUCCAAAAUUUCCACUCUCACAGAAUUCGCCCUCUCGGAUAAUAACAUUUCUGGUAAAGUUCCAAACCUCAGCAAUCUAAAUAGCCUUGAAAUGUUGGAUUUGAGAGACAAUGUGUUAGAUUCGGAAUUACCUGCUUUGCCUAAAGGGGUGGUAACUGUUUUAUUAAGCAAAAACUCAUUCACUGGCGAGAUUCCCCAGCAGUUCACUGAGUUGGCUCGGCUUCAACACCUCGACCUAUCAUUUAACCUUCUCGUGGGAACCCCACCUGAAGGUCUCUUUUCUCUGCCCAAUGUCAGUUAUUUGAACAUGGCAUCUAAUAUGCUUACUGGGUUGCUUCCGAAAAGUAUGAUUUGCAGCAGUCAACUUGGAUAUGUUGAUUUAUCAACCAAUAGAUUUAUUGGUGAUUUACCUGAUUGCUUGACCUUGAAUUCGAACAAGAGGGUUGUUAAGUUCAGCAGGAAUUGUUUAUCCAUCGACCCCCAACACCAGCAUGAAGCUAAGUAUUGUCAAGAGAGCCGUAGGACAAGGGGAGAGUCUAAGAGCAAGGGAGUUGGGGUGCUGGGCGCAGUUAUUGGAGGAAUCGCCUUCCUCGUUCUUUCGCUUUUGCUUGUGUCUUUGAUUCUGUGCAGAAGAGGAUGCCAAAAAGCAAUAUCGGAACAGCACUUAUUGCUAAAGCAGAUGCCGGAUAAUUCAGCAACGGGUCUCUCCUCUGAGCUUCUUGCAAAUGCAAGGUAUAUUUCUCAAGCUGCGAAGAUGGGGAAACAAAUAUUGCCUACAUAUCGCAUGUUUUCUGUGGAAGAGUUGAAAGAAGCAACGAAGAAUUUUGAACAUUCUGCUUAUAUAGGCGAGGGAUCAGUUGGAAAGCUCUACAAGGGAAGAUUGGAGAAUGGAAGCUUUGUUGCUAUAAGAUGCUUGCAACUGUUCAAGAGGUACUCAAUAAGAAAUCUGAAGCUUCGAUUAGAUCUCCUUGCCAAACUUCGCCACCCAAAUUUGGUUUGCCUCUUGGGACACUGCAUUGAUAGCUCAAUAGAUGAUUCAAAUGUGAGCCGGGUCUUCCUUGUUUAUGAAUAUGUACCUGAAGGAAAUCUUCGCGCUUAUCUUUCUGAUAGCAAUCCAGAGAGAGCUCUAAAAUGGCCAGAUAGGUUGCAGGUCUUGAUUGGAAUUGCAAAGGCAGUUCAUUUUCUACAUACGGGGAUAAUUCCUGGUUCGUCAAACAAUCGGCUAAAAACAAAUAGCAUUUUGUUUGAUGAGCACUCUAUAGCGAAAUUAAGCGACUAUGGGUUGUCCAUAAUUACUGAAGAAAUAUACAGGAAUGAGGCAAGGGUAGAAGGUCAGAAAUCCAUCCAAGACAAAUAUUCAACUCCGGAAAUAAUAAAUUCGGAGGAUGAUGUUUAUUCUUUUGGUUGCAUCUUACUCGAAGUACUCACAGGACCAUCGUAUUUUGAAAAAGGCGAAGCUUGUAUUGUGAAUGAAUUGACUACGCCGAUUUGCAGCCAAGAAGAGAGAAAUCGCAUUCUUGAUUCAGUUGUCGUCGGAACUUCCUCCCAAGAAUCUCUGUCGGUCGUAAUCUCUAUAACGACUAAAUGCCUGUCGCCCGACUCUUCUAUCCGCCCUUCCAUCGAAGAGGUCCUCUGGAACCUACAGUACGCAGCGCAAAUCCAGCAGACAACUGAUGGUGAUCAGAGAUCAGAAGUUUCUUCACAGUCGUGAGAGGCAGAAAAUGGAAAAAAUAAGGGGGGAAAAAAACCAAAACAUAAUUUAGAAAUUGUUUCUCCCAGAUCUUAUGGUUCACACUUGCCCAAAUUGGAUUAACACUAGUUCAGAAGCUCGGAAAAGCUAAUGCAAGCGAUUGAGGUGUGUAGUGAUUAUGUUUUUAGUUCGAGUCCCGCGUAGGAUCAUUCGUGUAAUUGUAAUAUAAAUGCAAUUUCUUGCAAUAAGGAAAAUCUGUUUGUCGCCCUUGUUAUUUCUGUUUUUCAUAGCAUAACAUUGUGUGCCUUAUGUAUGAAUCAGUCACUUGUUGGUUGGCUUGCUUCAUAUGCUUGUAAGUUACAUUGUGAACUCCUUGUUAAUCUUUUUUUUUAAAAAAAAAAUUGGAGAAAGUUGUUGAGUGAUA